GAACGCACCAGCACGAGCCUCGCCCUGGCGCAAAAAGAACAGAAAAGCAGAAUCUCAAAUCAUCACCACCACUCACCACCCUUUCGGCGCUUCUUUUUCCUUACACUACACGCACGAUUCAUGGCGGCAUUUUUCUUUUGCGUUUUGGUAGGUAGGUACAUAGGUAGGUGCGGAGGGGAGCGCGCACCACCCCGGGGACGUGGUGUCGGCACGCACCCACGCGCACGCUCCUUCACAGGUAUUGUAUUGUACCUGUAUCGUGAAAAGACGAGGACACCGUCCCCGUUCCCUCGGGUACAGUCCUGUUCUGUUCGCGGUUGCCGCCGUCGUCCGUUUACGGUAGAGUAUCGAUCACGGUUUAUUAUAUACGAUCAUCAUGGCGCAGGUACGAGUUACCUAGGUUAGGCUCGGGUGCCCAUUGCCUCGGGCUCCCUUCCCUUCCCAUGGCUCCCUUUGG